AUGUCAGUCAGAUCCAACCUGCUGGCCUACCUCGCUACUCUUCCCCCUCAACUUCUUCUGGAGUCUCUCACUCAGCAAGACAUCACGGCAAUGUUUCAAGGACGCACUAUGCAGCAGAUAGCCGCUCGAAACCCCACCAUCGACUACAACACGCAGUUUCAAACUGUAUACGGCGCCACCUUUGAGCCACUUGUCGUACCCUCUGCUGUCAAUCAAGCUGUCGAGAUGACAGAACCUAUCUCCCCUGGAAACGUCAAGGCUCUUCGCCCUCUGAAUGCGUUCAUGGCUUUCCGCUUUGGCAAGGACAACAUUACGGUCAAGGGUUUCUUGCAAUAUGUUGGACCAGUCAUGAAACUGGUCGCCCCUCUCGAUUAUCUGAACACCUUCAAAUGGACCAUUACCGUUGUCAAUGGCGAACGGGUUCUUGAGCAAGACCAAUCCCUUGCCGAUAUCGCGAUUGCUGAACACCAGCAACUGGAUGUUCCCAACACUGAGCUUGAGCUUUUGGAGGAGGUACUUGAAGCAGGCUUCAUGCCGGAACGUGCUUCGACUCUCAUGCGAACCAUGACAGGGAAUGCCAAAGGUGUCAUGACCACCAAAGCGCGCAAACGAAAACUACGAAACUUCAUCGACACGAUUCAAAGCGAUCCAGUUGGUGCUGCAGCUUCUCUUCUUGGUGACGACUCCUUGAUCAGCGAUCAAUAUAGCGUCGAAGUCUAUUGGAGUCCAGAAAUGAGCUCAAUCAACGAUUCCACUGUCCUGCAGCAAGCUCACGACUGUGAGGGUUCUGCGAACACCUCAAGCGAGAUGGAGGAAAAGAAAAUAGUGAACCAGGCUGAAGAGUCCACCCCCGACUCAGACCAUUUCCAUGGCGAUGGUAAUUUUGUGGAUGGAAAUUUCGUUGGCAAUUCUUACGACAUGGAGGCCAUGCACUCCUUUCCCAUUGGCGAAUGUCAACAGCCUCACAUGAUAUACGACGACAACACCCACGAAGCUCGUGCCUUUCAUGUUGGGCCAAACUUUCAAUACUCUAUCUUGAUGAAUGAGCCCUCCAUUCAGGAGGAGACUGAUGACAGAUCGCUCCUGGAGUUUUUGGCUGUCAACAAACUAUCGUAG